CUUCGUGAACACACAGUCGCGGCUCUGAGUUUUCAGUUUCGCUCGCUAAAUAUGACAAGAAGUGGAUAGUAGGAUUCGAUACGGAUUUCGGUUGAGUUGCGGAACGGAAUUUAUUUUGUUCUGGGCGUGUUUUUCAAAGGGAAAACUUUUGGGAAAAGUUGUGGGGGGGAAAACAAAUAGGACCCUCCGUCACGGAGCAGGAUGGGCAAAGAGCUCACGAUGGAACACACGGUUUUUCUUCUCAUGCUGGCUCUGACGGCGGUGAGCAGCCGAGCAGCCGAGCCCGGCUUCCAGUUGAACCAGACGGCCAAGCAGCACGUGUGUCUGGAGAACCAGCAGUAUCCUCAUAAGGGGUUCUGCUGCGAAAACUGCGAGGCCGGCACCUACGUGAAGGAGAAGUGCACUGCGGAUCUGGAGAAGGGAACGUGUGAACGAUGCAAGGAGGGCACCUACGCCGAGCACCCGACCGGCAUGGACCAGUGCCUUCAGUGCAGUCCGUGCCCUGCAGGUCAGAUAAUAACAGAGGCGUGCACAAACACGAGGGACACGAAGUGUGAAUGCAAGUCCGGGACUUUCUGUCUGCCAGAUGAGCCCUGUGAAGUAUGCAAGAAGUGCACUAGGUGCAAAGCGGAUGAAAUCGAGGAGCGUCCAUGCACUCCGACCUCCAACACGAAGUGUAAAAAACGGCGUUUAUCACCUCAUGACCCCACCGUGACGCCCACAAUCUCACCUGCACCCCGAAAUGAAAGUAAUGGGACCAUAGUGAUUUUUAUCGUGAUGGUUUGCGUGCUUUUAUGCGUCAUCGUUCCCGUCGCUCUGGUGGUUUGGAAGAAGACACGACUCUGUGGAAAACGAGCAAGCCCGGUGGCUCAAAAUCAUGACGUAAAGAUUCCAAUAGACGGUGUUAGUGUCCGUACCUCUGAGGAGUGUGAGAACAGCCAUAACGCGGGAUUAGAGGAGGCGGAGCUGCCUCGCACUGAGCUUCGUCCGCUCCUGCUGCAGGAUACGCUUAGCCCAGGGGGUAAAAGCAUCCCGGUGGAAGAUGAGGACCGAGGACUUGGGGACAGCCUACCAAACACCACCAGCUCCUCCCAGACCAGUCUGUCAGCCCUGCCAGUCAACAUGUCACCUUCUGUCUCAGCAAAUGAGAAGGAGGUGGAGCCAUGGGCCAAGGAGGAUGGCACACCCAGAAGACUUGUUCCAUUACUUGCCGAGGAGGUGUCUCUAAGCAAGAGCUUUGACCUGUUUGACGUCCUGGAUGUGCGCGUGCACAACAAGUUCUUUCGCAGCAUCGGCGUAAACGAUAACGCCAUCAAGCUCGCCGAGUCGCACAACGCCAGCGACAAAGUGUACGAACUGUUGCGCGUGUGGAUGCAGCGCGAGGGACUCCGCGCCAACAUCAACCACUUGCUGCAGGCGCUGCUCGACCUCGACCAGCGCUACUCCGCCGAGCUGAUCGCGUCCCGCUCGGUCGAGCGCGGAUACUACAAAUACGAGUGAUUUUUUUUUUAAAGAGGAGAAAAGAAAGAGAAAAAAAAAAUCAAUUGUAACGAACUUGUAAAUCGGAAAGUAUCGCGCCUUUCCUUUUCACAGCCUAUAACGGACUGACGGCGCGCGUGUCGUUUACGAUGAGCUGGUUUUAAUAUGAACAAAACUCGUGUAAACACUAGACUUGUGAUCUAUAACAAGCAACCUGGCAUUCGAGAGUCAUGUGGAGGAGCUAGAUUUUUGAUUUUUUUUUAUUAUUAUUAUUUUUUUUUUUUUUUUGGCUGCUGUAGCUGAACACAUCUUCGUGCCUCCCAUUACCUCUUAAGUCUAUUAAAGAAAAAAAGAAAAUGCAUGUAAACAAUCGUAAAACUGUACCGCGGAGGACGCGGUUGCACGCGAGAAUCGGAGAGAAGCGAUACUUCGUUCGGCUCCUCUUUCAUCCGCACGUGCGCACUGACGUUCCGCAGAUCGUCACGGCAACAUUUUCUGCUUUUACCAACCAAACACCGGGCUGUGAAUAUAUACAUAUAUAUAUAUAUCGAUGUUAAGUUGAUCGAAACACGAGAGCAGUCAUGAUGAAGAGAAUGUCGUGUUUGAGACAGCCAGAGGGCGGAGUUAACCUUUUGUUUGUCUCCUAAAUCUCAGUUUGUAGCAUUUAUUUUUUUCUUUUAUUUUUUGGCUUUAUUGAAGCCAACACUGGACUCAGCGAAGAUUCGCGCUAGGUAACAGCGUGGCUUUGUCUUAAAUUGUGCACUGGCCUCAGGCGAUUUUUUUUUUAUUAUUAUUUUAUUUUUAUUUUAUUUUUUUGUUGUUGUAAACUACAGGUUGCUCCGAAGCCCGCAAAGAAUUCUUUUUUUUUUUUUUUUUUUUUCAGCGGUGACGGCGAAAAGCAGCUGUAACUAUAGCGGACGAACGUUUUAAGUUUUUGACUAAUUGGUUUUCGUGCACAUUUAUGGUCGAAACUACAGGCAGUUGAACCCCUAGACUACACUACACGCUAGUAAGGAUUUUUGUCACGUCUUUCUAUUCAUAGAUCUCGACCGUGGUGGAACGGAGGGAGGGAGGAAGGAAGGAAGGAAGGGGACACACAGACGAUUUGUACUUCGAUAUAAGUCAAGGCCUUUAAAGCUCUCUACCAUAGACUCGCUCACGCAAAUCGACUAUGGUCGUUCAGAAAAGGAAAAAAAAAAGAUUUUAUGACGCAGUAGCAGACCGUAAGGAUUGAUUUACAGUCACGGUUUAGCAUAGACGGAGUCUUUGCUAAGGGAUCGUCACCCAUUCAAGGCCAUACUCCGCUUCUUCAACAGCAGCGUGUGAAUUGUGAAACGUGAGCGUCUUCUGUCAGUUACACAAACACCUCUUCAGCCUCUUCCAUUUCCUUAUUUAUGUAGAAUUUGGAUGUAUUUAUUGUCAUAGUAGAACUAUGUUUAAUUAUUUAUACCCGUUAACCAUAUCCGAGUGUGUCGUCGUGUGUAUCGUUUAUCCAUUUACCUUGCAGUGUAAGGCACUACAACUGCGGCAAGUGGCGUGUUUUCGGGUUUUUUUUUUUUUUUUUUUACAUGCCGAAAGCUCUUACAUUUCCUAAUGGGUGCCCCAUUGCUCCCAUUCGACACAGUUUUUUUUUUUUUUUUAAAAAUACUCUCAAACUAUAGUAAACCAUGGAUGUGUUGGUACGUGUGUGUUGUUUAUUUGUUUUUUUUAAGUUCUCAUGGAAAGAUCUCAAGUCUUUUUCCACUCAUUGAGAUUUGAACUUCAUUUCUUUUUGGCCUGAGCUGUAUAUAGUCACAGAAUGAACGGUUAUAAUGUCAAAAAAAAAAAUUGUAGAUUAUAUUAUAAAUAUAUAUAUAUAUGCAUCUAUAGAAACCAAGAGUGAAGAGAAUGAAGUAUAGCGACAUCCUACAAACUGAAGGAACAAACUGGCGGCUGAACGAGUCCGUGAUAGGAAAUUAUAAUCAGGUAACUUCAUUUCAUAAUGACGCUAUCAUACUGUGUUUAUCGUCGUUUGAUAAACAUUCUUCCAAAAUGGUCUAGACUAGAAGGAUGCUGUUACAGCCCACGUCGGAGUUAGAAUUAUUUAUUGCUGAUGGCGUCAUUAGAGCGUUGCCGUUCUGUAAUUUUCUCUAUAUAGACCGCUCCCGUAUUGGCUCAUUUGUGUGAUAGUAGGUGACCUUUGACUCAGCUAUGUAGGUAGCGUCAUAGCUGUAUAAUCUCUAGUUGUAAGUAAGAGUGUAUUCUCUAAAGAGACUCUGUUCAGUGUUCAUUCAGCUCAUAACAGUGCAGGCACUGCCACCUAGUGUUUUCAGGAGUGAAAUAUUGUUCUACCGUGGAUUUGAUACCGUCUGGUCCAAAAGUCUUAGCACCGCUUUCAGUCCAAAGUCCAAAAUUUGUGUCGUCGCUAACUGAAAAGCUACGGGGAUGAUAAAGUGUAACGCGUUGAGGUCCUCGGAUUUUUUUUUAAAGAUGAAUUUUAAUUGGCGUUUUCUUGGGAAAUGUGCUGUCCGUUGGCUAAAGGGCUUCAUUAAAACUUUUGGACCAGAUGUCCAUCAAUUCCAAGGGACCUGUUUUUCUUUUCUUUUUCUUCCCCAUCUUUUCUAUCUUCAUGCACUUGUAGUGAGUUGUGUGGUGUUUUUUUUUUGUUGUUGUUUUUUUAAAUACAAGAACAACUCCUUCAGUAGAUAAGCUCAAUUUUUUUUUUUUUUUUUUUUCCAUUAUUUCUCUACAUUAUUUACUUUACUCAUAGUUCAGCUUUAUUUCUUUUAGCACAUCUGGUUUUGGGUUUUUUUGUUUGUUUGUUUGUUUGUUUGUUUGUUUGUUUUUUCUUCCUACAUUUGCUCACCCGUGUUUUGCUCUCUUAUAUUAUACAAGCAAAUGUAUUUGCCCCCACUUAGAAAAUAGUUCGCUCUUUAACAGUUUAAGGUAUUUGCUGUUGCAAAUGCGUUUGUAGAAUGGUUUUAAUUUUUUUGAAAUAAACAUUUCUUACUAAAUGCAAA